CAUGUUAAUUUUAAAAUUUGCUAAAAUGCCACACUUAAUACAGUGGCUUCUACUUUUGUUAAUCGGCUCAAUACAUGGACUGACCUUUGUGGGUGAUUCCCGGACACAACCGAAUUUUGAGCUAUUGGAAAAUGAUUCGCGUUAUAUCACAUAUCAAGAUUUAAUGUCCACAGCUAAACGAUUUUACGAUCCAAAUACAACAUGGUAUUCCGAACUUCUAUUCGAUGUGGGCAGAAAUCAAGUCAUUGUGGGUGCGAGAGACACCUUGUACCGCAUGUCUUUCGAUUUGGAGCCACUGGAGCGAGCCAUUUGGGAGGCGACACCAUCACAGAUUGCCAUGUGCCAGGCGAAAGGCCAGUCGGAGCGUUGGUGUCGCAACUAUAUACGCGUGCUCCAUAGCAACGGUGAGAACCAAUUGUACGCGUGUGGGACGAACGCCUUCCAGCCGAGCUGUUCAUGGCGCCAGAUGGAAAACCUUAACGUCACCAGAGUGGAUGAUGGUGUGGUCAAGUGCCCAUUUCAUCCACAAGCAAAUAGUACAAGCUUACUUCUUAGCAAUGGCAAUAUGUUUGUGGGCACUGCAACUGAUUUUUCAGGCAGUGAUGUGGCUAUACUUCGUACUCAGGUGCAGUCUAAUAAGCGCUUUCUACGCACCAAACAAUAUAAUAAUAAUUGGCUAAAUGGUGCUCAAUUUGUUGGCAGUUUUGAGGCUGGAAAUUUUGUUUACUUUUUGUUACGCGAAUCGGCAGCAGAGCAUAUGACAUGUGGCAAGGUCAUCUAUUCACGCAUAGCAAGAGUUUGUAAGAAUGAUGUGGGUGGCGGUGGACAAUUGUUGCGGGAUAAUUGGACCUCCUUUUUGAAGGCACGCUUGAAUUGCUCUCUACCUGGUGAUUAUCCUUAUUAUUUUGAUGAAAUUCAAGGCAUGACCUAUGCCGAAUCCGAGCAUCUACUUUAUGCCACCUUCAGAACAUCGGGAUCGAGCAUUUUUGGAUCAGCCGUAUGUGCUUAUAAUCUAACUGCCAUUAAUGAUGCCUUCGAGGGUGCUUUUCGUCACCAGGAGCAUGCGGAUGAAGCCUGGCAGACGGUAAAUACACGUCAACGUAGCCAAUUCCAGUGUGCUAGUGGAGCCCAAGGAUUUGAUCAUUGGUUAGAGAGUUCUCGCUAUCAGUUAAUGGAUCAAGCCGUACAGCCAAUCGGUUCUCAGCCGUUAUAUCAUUCGAAGCUCGAGCAAUUCAGUCACAUAGCCAUGGAUGUGGUGCAAACGAAGACGGAGCAGAUCCACAUGAUCUAUGUGGCCAGCAGUGGGAAUCAUAUUAAAAAAUUAUCAGUGAAAUAUGGUGCAAAUGGCAAUGAGUUGGCUCAGACUUGUCUUGUGGAAUUGUGGCAAGCAGAUGACACGGGGAGCAAUACGUUCCUUAACAUGGCCUAUCUGAAGGUCAGUGAUUCACUCUAUUUGGGCACAGAUUUGGCUCUAACAAAGAUCCCAGCCCAACGUUGCCAACGUCAUGUGUCUCAGUCAAGUUGCCUCAAUGCCAUGGAUCCCUAUUGUGGCUGGAACGAGUUGGUCGAGCGUUGUGUGCCCCAGCCUUUGGAGGCAACUUACUACCAGCAUUGGCAACAGGCUCCCGUGUUGACUUGCCCAGUGGUCAAUGCCCCCAUCGAUGGGGCUUGGUCCGCGUGGUCGCAGUGGGGCGUGUGCCAGCAGCAUGAGCAGCCGGACAGUAAUUGCAUGUGCCGUCAACGGAACUGCAAUAAUCCGCGGCCUCAGCAUGGUGGUGCUGCUUGCGAGGGAAUCGCCACAGAGGUUACUAAUUGCACCCAACACGGCGGAUGGACGGAUUGGUCGGCUUGGUCGCCAUGCUCUCAGACCUGUGGCAUUGCGGUGAAAACUCGAAGACGUACGUGCGGCAAUCCAAAGCCAGCUUACGGCGGACGCACAUGUGUCGGUUCUGAACAGGCGGAAAUGUAUUGCCGGCACUUGCCUCCGUGUCCGGUGGCCAAACCACCAUCGAUUGACGGCGGUUGGGGUCCUUGGGGAGAGUGGAGUGAAUGCAGCGCUCAGUGUGGAGGUGGUUUUCGUAUGCGCCUCCGUGAAUGCAAUGAUCCCCAACCCCAGAAUGGUGGCCUAGAAUGUCCGGGAUGUCGCCUGGACUAUGAGGAAUGCAACAUGCAGAGUUGUAGCGAAGUACGAAAGCUAAGUGCUUGGACUCCAUGGCUAACAGCUGCACCCACAGUUCCAGCUGGUGACAACAACAAUUCAUCAUCGACGGAUGCGAUAAUAAUCGAACGACGCUUUAGGUAUGCCUGCCGGGCAACAAGCCCCGACGCCAGCUCGGUGCGAAUCAGUUUAGCCAAGGAGGAUACACGCAGUUGUCGCUCGGAUGGCAUUUGCCAACGACAUGGCGAGCACGAAUCCCCCAGCACUACGGACAACGAUGCCGACUCAUGGUCGCCGUGCAGUGUCAGCUGCGGGGGAGGCACUCAGCAACGUCAACGUGGACGUGGUAGUACCCAGAGUAGAGCCUGCAAUCUUCAGGCUUGCCCCACUGACUCCGAUACGCAACCCGAUAAUAGCAUUGACAAUGAAUUGGACCAUGAAUGGGGCUGUUGGUCGGAGUGGUCACCUUGCUCAGUGACUUGUGGUCUAGGCGUACGCAGACGUACACGAAAGUGCCUGGGAGGUCAUGAUCGUUUAUGCCAGGGACGAGCUCUAGAUGAGCAAAAAUGCGAAAUGGUUCCAUGCGAAGAUUUCCUAGGAUGGAGUACAUGGAGCGAAUGGUCCUCCUGUUCCAGUGAUGGCAUACGACUGCGUCAUAGGCGUUGCCUCGUUGAGCAACCGAGCGCCAUGGAGUGUCGUGGCGGCGAAUUCGAAAAGACAGCUUGUGUGCCUGGUGAAUGUGAAGACCAAACCCAAAGUGCCUCUGCCAUGACUGUGUCCAUUGUCAUCUUUGUAUGCCUAAUUUUCACGGCGGCCUGUUGCCUGGCCACAUAUCGUUAUGCCAAGCGUCAAUUCUUAAUUUCAAGUGAAGAGGCUCUUAAUAAGACAACCACAACGACAGCAAGUUUUGAUAGCUAUCCGAAUCAGUACUCCAGUUUGCCCACCAAGGAUUACUAUGAUCAACGUCCGAAACGACAGUCCAGCUUCCGUAUGCCUGCCAAAACUAGCAAUAUAGGCAAUGGCACACUUAAUCGCAAUAAUAUGCAUCAUAAUAAUACACCAAAGGUUCUGGCCAAGACCUACAAUGACUGUGAGACGGGCACACUAAAACGACAAUCGGCCUUAAAUAAUUGCCGAAGCAAUAUGGACGAUGAGAAAUUCUAGUAUAUAGAAUAGAAUUGCGAGAGAGAGACUCUGAGAUCAGAUCAGAUCAAAUUAGUGCCAUCAUUUGCCAGAGUUCAUAUGGGAAUGUUACAACGAUAACGACAUAUAUAUAUAUGCUAUAUAUUUAUAUAUAUAUAUACACACAUUUUGCUUGCAAAAAGUUCCUUUAUAUUUGACUCAUAUUGAGUCGUCUCGUAAUUAAGAUCCAAGUUGUCUUUAAUCUAAGUUAGUUAGUUUUAUCAUUUAAGUAAUAGUUAUAUACGUAAAUGAUUUAAGGACUCUCCAUGGAUCGUUUUUUUUUUUAGUUUGACUUAAGUUUAAUUUUAUUCGAGACUGAAUGACCCCCCAAAAACCCUCCCUUCCCAUCCUUUUUUUUUAAUUUUACAUAUAUAAAUAGUAUUUAAAAAUUUUGCUCAAUCCAAAAUUUAUGCCAUGCAACGAUUUGAAGUAAUAUUUUGUUGUUGUAGUUGUCCAAAAUAUUUCU